CCCUUAUUAAAUAUACAGUGCGCUACAUAGUGGCCAGAAGCCAUUAUUUCAUACCUUCUAUAGUGCACAUGUAUAGGGAGUAGGGAGCUGUUUGGGAUUUAACCAAGCCGUCGUGACUUGGGUCGUUAAAACACUUGGACGCUGAUGUGAAGCCAAAACAGUUACAAGGAUGGCAGAAGGCUUCCUGAUGGAGGUAUGUGUGGAUUCGGUUGAAUCCGCAAUAAACGCAGAAAGGGGAGGUGCUGGCCGUAUUGAGCUGUGCUCCAGUCUUAUUGAAGGUGGCAUCACACCCAGUGUUGGUCUGCUGCAAGUGGUCAAGGAGAACGUGCAGAUCCCUGUGUACGUGAUGAUCCGACCUCGAGGAGGCGACUUCCUCUACUCCGAGCGGGAGGUGGAGGUGAUGAGGAGGGACAUAGAGCUGCUGAAGAGACACAAGGCUGACGGUUUUGUGCUGGGGGCACUGACCGAGGACGGACGAGUCGACGCUGAGCUCUGCAUGGAGCUCCUGGCUACCUGUAGGCCUCUGCCAGUCACAUUUCACAGAGCAUUCGAUAUGGUCCACGAUCCAUCCGUUGCCGUAGAAACCCUGGUCUCCCUAGGCUUCGAGAGGAUUUUGACAAGCGGCUGUGACAGCUCGGCUUUGGAGGGUUUACCCGUCAUCAAGCGCCUCGUGGAACAGGCAAAAGGCAGAAUAAUUAUAAUGCCAGGUGGAGGCAUCACUGAGCGUAACCUGCAGAGGAUACUCGAGGGCUCUGGUGCACAGGAGUUCCACUGCUCAGCACGUUCCACUAAAGACUCAGCCAUGAAAUUCAGGAACUCCAGCGUGAGUAUGGGAGCUUCCCUCACAGCACCCGAGUAUUCGCUCAAGGUGGCCGACGUGGGCAAAGUGCGCACUCUCAAUGCCAUUGCCAAGAACACUCUCUAGGCGUACUCUAAAGGGGCUGGGCUCUAUUUAGGGAGCAGGUCCUCCUUGAAUUGGAGCGAGUCCACAUGUCUAUCGUACUAUUUGGAUUUCUUAAAGAAAGAUCUUUUUUUUUUUUUUCCCUCCAGAAAGUCAUCAUUGAGCUGAGUUUUUAUUUUUUUCUCAGUUUUCUCCAGAGCAGCCAUUACUGAGCCAUGAUGCCCCAAAAAUAGUAAAUAAAUACCUUUAUUUUUUGAUUCUAUUAGACUAUUUUGAAACAGCAGGCUUGAGUGCUCGCAGUGGCAUUUGUUAUUCUUGCUUCACCAAGGCUCAUUGAUCAAAUUUGCUUGUUUAGUCGCACUAUCAGCAUGUGGCCGCUCGCUGAUGUUGUUAAGAUGUUGUUACAGGCUAAAAUGGAAGUGAAUUAUUUUUUAAUUCAAUUUAGCCUUCUCUGUAAAUGCCACCUCCUCUGCUGACUUCUCACUUUAUUCAGUCUCGCAAAUGUCAUUUCCUUUCUCAAAUUAAAAGUAUACAAUUGUUAUGCUAA